CCUAAUGCCCAUUUUUGUGGUUUAGCUAGCUUGCUGCCUUAUUGAAAUAAUUAACUGUUGUUAUUUAGUUCAGAAAUGGAAGAUAGUUUAAGAUCUACGAACCCAAUGACCUGUGAAAUCAACAAAGCGCUAGAUAAUAAAUACAUGAUGGAUUGUCGUGUGAAGAAAAGUUCGUAGCUAACGGUAGCUAAGUUAGCUAGCUAGCUAGCGCAAUCGUCUAGUGAACGUUGAGAUGAAGUAACCAUGCCACGCCACGUUUCGAUAUUAUAGAUAUAAUUUAUGUUGUGUGUAUCUUCUAAAAACAAGUUUUGGAAUGCAUUUCUCCAAAAAAUGUUCCGUGUUUAAAGUGGUGCUUAGUGCCCUGCUCAUUGUCGCACUGUUGCAGCUGAUCUACCUGUCCUUCCUCUCGAAGCUGCACGGCAGGCAGCAGCGCUACAAGUAUUCCGAACUGUUCGGUUCCAAGAAGAACGGUAACAUUGGUGACAAGAAUUCUAAAAAAGAACGGCUACGGUAUUCUUUAUCCAGCGGCGGCAUUUUCGAUAGUAGUGGUCAGUACCGCAUUUACAAAAAUCUGAUCAAAAGCGAUUUCUCAAACAACCAAAAGCUAGGUGCGGAUCCAAGGUCUCAUCACCUUGCCUUAGCCACGCACACGACCAUCAACAACCUUCAUCACUUGGAUUCUUUGCUUGAACGCUGGCGCAACCCUCUUUCGGUUGCUAUAUUUGCUCACGGGCAAGAUGUCAAAUUUGCCACAGCCCUUGUCUAUGCGCUCAGUCUCUUCUGUCCACAAAUCCAAGCUUUGGUGGACUUCCAUCUGGUCUGCCACUCAGAGGAGAUGGCCAGCUUCCCAGAGCAAGAUAGAGAGCACUUUGCCGGACUUGAGGAUCAAGGAUGUCCUGGUGUAUUUGCAAAGCUUGAAUCCCACAGAGACAAGUACAAAAACUAUGUUAUUGGAAGCAAUGUCUCCUACCCCAACAAUCUCCUCCGCAACGUGGCACGCACAGGAACCGAUGCUGCCUACAUCCUGGUCAUCGAUAUUGACAUGGUACCCAGUGCGGAUUUGCAUCACCAGUUUGUGACUAUGUUGAUGAGACACGAACCAGCCCAUGACGAGGUCCUGGUCUUGCCUGCUUUUGAAAUUAGACACACGCGCAAAUUGCCUGCUUCGAAAGCAGAGUUGGUGCAGCUCUAUCAGGUUGGCGAGGUGAGGCCCUUCUAUGAGGAACUGUGUCCACGAUGCCAGGCCCCAACUAACUACUCUCGCUGGGUUAAUCUGGCCCGCAAGGGCUCUGGGCCUCUGGAGGUGGCAUAUACACUGAAUUGGGUGGAUCCAUGGGAACCUUUCUACAUUGGGGCAAAAUCAGUGCCCCUGUAUGACGAGAACUUCAGGCAGUAUGGCUUCAACCGCAUCAGUCAGGCAUGUGAGCUGUAUGUAGCGGGCUUCAGGUUCUCUGUGGUGACCAAUGCCUUCGUGGUACACAGGGGCUUCAAGGUCCAGGGUGACUUCCACAGCCGCAAGGAUGAGGAGAACCGCAAGAACCGGUUGGUCUUCCGCGCCUUCAAAGAGGGUUUGAAGACCAAGUAUCCCAGUUCACCUCGCCGCUGUUGACACGUGAACGCUUGUUCUCCUGGGACUCUGGACAGCUCUCGUUUGGAAACUUUUGAGGCAGAAGGAGUAGAAUUGUCCACUGGAAAUAGUCAGUAUUCAGAGGUUUUACCUACAUAUUAGUUAUGGUAGUGAAUUUGGAUUGUUAUGCACUGAGCACUUGCCAAGUUGUGAAAAUGACUUUGUUACAGUAGUGAGGGUAGUUUACUUCCUGGCCAAAUGCCAUGACACUUAAACUGGAUUUAUUUCCAGCAGCAAACCAGUAGUUUACAAUAAGCCAAGUAUUACGAUAUGACUUCCUUACUACAUAUUUAAUUUAUUGCUUAAUAGAUCUAAUGGAGAGCAAUGAUCAUUAUAAUAAUUGGAAAACAGGGUGCGUAUACCUCUAUGAAAUUGGAAAUAAGACACAUUAUACACUGUAUAAACAUUCUCUGUUAAAGAUUGGCGUUAUAUCAAAGUAUGCAGGCCUGGCUUGAUGAUGGAAACAAACAAAAAAUCUGUUGUAGUCUGUUACACUGUGUUACACUGUCUUGUGUUCGCUUGUUUUGCGUUUUCUUGUGUUGUUUUAUACUGGUACAGUUUAGUGGUUUUAUUCAUCAGCUUGUUGCUUCUUUGAUGCAGCACACUCUAGCAAUCACCAUUUAUUCACAUAUUGAACAAAAACAUUCAUUACAGAUACAACAUCUUCAAGAAUUAUUCAGUCUAUUUCAACAAGCUGACAACCACUGUAUACUGUAAUCCAUGCUAAAUACGCAACAUAAAACAUGGGUGUGCUAAAAGGUAAUGAGCAGACUUCAACAAGAAAUCUAAUGAAUAAUGAGUUUUGUCAGCUUGUAUGUAACUGAAUGUGAUUUUAAUAGAGACUCCCCUCACUCUUUUUCCAAAGUCAUUUAAGAUGUUGAAAUGCUUGUUAAUGUUGGUAGGUUAAUCCGUAAGGGCAGGUACACCGAAAAUGAGACAGCGUUAGUAACACUGUUUUUUUCCAAAAUAGAUGUGUGGAAAAUGUAAAAUGUGUCAUUUUGCCCUAUAUUUUUCAUGAAAAGAAAAGAAAAUAUUGUGUGAGAACACAAAAUGGACAAUAAGCUGUUAUUCAAAUGGUAUGUCCUAAUGUAGUUUCACAGUAUGUCAGAAGAAUGUAAAAUUAAAACCAUUUUGUCACUCUAAAUAUACUCUAUAGAAUUAUGUCUGAAAGAAUAUAUAGUAUUAAAGUUAAUUGAAACAAAUCCAUUCAUAAAUUGCUGGAAAAAAAAGAAUGGAUUUUUGACCUUUUGAAGAAUUCUUUCCUUUAAAAAAAAAAAAUUUGGUAGUCAUUUCUUACAUGUGUUUUGCAUUGCAGAGAAGACCCAGUAUUAAAACUCAAUUCUGUGUUUAUAAUUACAUGUAUAUUUUGUACAUAUUGUUUUGCACACUUGUGCAGGUGCUUCAUUUUUUUUUUCUGUUGGUGUAUGUCUUGGCUAAUAAUAGUGUGUACAUUUGUGAAAAUAAUCAUCAGUCUCAUCUGAACCUCAUCGAUCUUCCCUACCUUGUGAACACUACUGUACAGGAGACACGGUGGCCAACGCUGAAGGAUUAGCACCGUUGUAACAAUAGCAGGGAAGGACCAGUUGAAGCCCGUGCAUCAGGCUUGUGUCCUUGCAUGCUUGUCCCUGUGUCUUUGUUUCCAUUUUGUAGCACUUUUAAAAACGCCUUUGAAAUGGAUUUUUGUCAAGUGAUCAUUUAUUUAAUAUAUAUUAGUUGGCAAAUAUAUUUGUAUUUCAGUGUUUGGUUAUUGUUUUAACUUUUGAGGGGUUUUUUUAUAUCAAAAAAUAGAUACAGGAGGGUUUAUU